AAACACAAACCCCACUUAAAAUAUAAGCGGAAGGUUAUCCUGCGUUAAAGUUAGCGGUGUGUGACGUCACCGGUCGGCGAUCGUGACGUCAUUGGGACUCUUGGCGUCCGUGCGAUCGGAGUGACAUGCACGGACUUUAACGAGGGGCUCUAUAGUUGCUCGGCCGAAAUGGAAAGGCAGGCUCGGAGGGUUUGUAUGGAGAGGCUUCUUGGAAUGUUCGUUGCGUAAAGGGAGUCAUGGAUGUGUGUGUCGUGAAUCGAAUCGCCGUCCUGUAGGGUCCAGGUUCGAUUCUGAGCAGAUCGUGGCAUUCUUUAGUUGAUUUGGUGAAGUCUGCAGUGAGAUGUGUGCGGGUGAAGAAAGGGUGUAAAUUGUAGCAGAUAUAAGUAGUUUUUGCCCCCGCGGCUGCCUUUCUAUGCGUCUGCGGCGAGCGGUGCGAGAUUUGAGUGCAGGAUUUGACGGCUUGUGUGAUUUUUAGGGACCGGAUUUGAAAACGUAGGGAGGCAAUGGCUGCGUUUUUCAGAUAAAAUUUGACCGUUGAAUUUUUUAAGGGGACGAGGUUAGUUUUCGAAGAUCCUGCGGGUGAGCAAAUGAAUAAAGCAGGAGGCGUCCCGGAACCCUUGGAUUUCUUUAUAUGGACUUCUGAGGAUGUUGGGGUAUGGCUGGAUGAAAUUGGCCUUGGCAGUUACAGACAAAUUUUUAAAGAGAAUGGUGUCAAUGGAGAAUACUUGGACAGCUUAUCUACAUUCACCACAGAGCAGAUUUUGCGAUUUAUUAGGCGGUGUCACAUGAAAUGGGGAGAUUUUAUAACAUUGUGCAAAGAACUACGACUUAUUAAAGUGGCAUGCUUGAAAGGUGAGCAAGAAGUUCGUAGGCCUUGGUGGGCUCCUUCUUGCCUGUCAGCUGUAUUUGUGAAGGUUGCAAAGCAUAAUCGACAGUCUCGAGUUGUAUCACUGAAGUUUGAUCCCUAAGCUCAUCUGUAAAACCAGCUUUGAAAUUUGAAUCAGAUUGCAAGGAUAUUGCCAUAUUCCAAUUUCCUUGAUGUAUUCUUGUCAUCCUAGUUGCAAUCUUAACUUUGCUUUGCAUAAAAAGUAAUUCUCUAUUCUUGAAUCACAAUGUGUGUAUAGAGGGAAGACAUGAACGCAAUGUCUCCUGAUGCUGAGGUCAAAAUAUUUAAUAUAACCGAAGCACAUAUAUGUUGACAUUUCGCAAUGAAGUGUAAAUCAAUAGAAAUAUUUGAAUCUCAUGAUAUCGCCAUUUUUUCCUCUUCA